CUGCUGGGGGGGGGGUCGCCGAGCCCUCAGACACCUCAGCGCCCCGAGGCGGGAGGCGCCCGCGCUGCUCUCGCGAGAACUCCCUUCCGUCCCGCCGGCCGAGCGCGGCGCUCUCGCGAGAGCUGCGGCCGCGGACCCAAGAUGGCGGAAGAGGAGGUGGCCAAGCUGGAGAAGCACCUGAUGCUUCUCCGCCAGGAGUAUGUGAAGUUGCAGAAGAAACUUGCUGAUACAGAAAGGAGAUGCAACCUUCUGGCUGCCCAGGCUAACCAAGACAACGCCAGUGACACUUUCAUCAGUCGACUUCUUGCCAUUGUAUCUGAACUCUAUCAGCAGGAGCAGUACAGUGAUCUGAAGAUAAAGGUCAAAGACAAGCACAUCAGGGCUCACAAGUUUGUCUUAGCGGCACGCAGUGAUGCUUGGAGUCUAGCCAACCUUGCCUCAACAGAGGAGCUGGAUCUGUCAGAUGCUGACCCAGAGGUAACCAUGGCAAUGCUGCGCUGGAUCUACACAGAUGAACUUGAGCUACGAGAAGAUGAUAUCUUUUUGACAGAGCUCAUGAAACUAGCUAAUAAAUUUCAGCUCCAGCUGCUUAGGGAAAGAUGUGAAAAAGGAGUUAUGUCACUAGUUAAUGUAAGGAACUGCAUUCGUUUCUAUCAGACUGCUGAGGAGCUGAAUGCUAGCACUCUUCUCAAUUAUUGUGCAGAGAUAAUUGCUAGUCACUGGGAUGACUUGCGUAAAGAAGACUUCAGUAGCAUGAGUGCUCAGUUAUUGUAUAAAAUGUUCAAGUCAAAGACAGAAUAUCCUUUGCAUAAGGCUAUUAAAGUUGAGAGAGAAGAUGUAGUCUUCUUAUAUCUUAUUGAGAUGGAUUCACAGCUUCCUGGAAAGCUUAAUGAACUGGAUCAAAAUGGAGAUCUUGCUUUGGAUUUAGCCCUCUCCCAAAGACUGGAGAGUAUUGCAACUACGCUGGUCAACUACAAGGCUGAUGUAGAUAGGGCAGACAAGAAAGGCUGGAGUCUGUUACACAAAGCCAUCCAAAGAGGAGAUAAAUUUGCUGCAAACUUUCUCAUUAAAAACGGUGCCCGUGUGAAUGCUGCUACGCUGGGAGACCAGGAGACCCCUCUGCACCUUGUGGCGUCAUACAGCCCCAAGAAGCAUUUGCCAGAUGUCAUGGCAGAGAUGGCACAGAUAGCAGAAUCCCUCCUACAGGCAGGAGCCAAUCCAAAUAUGCAAGACAGCAAAGGAAGGACCCCAUUACAUGUGUCGGUUGUGGUCAGGAAUGAACCUGUAUUCAGUCAGCUUCUCCAGUGCAAACAACUAGACCUGGAGCUGAAGGAUCAUGAGGGAAGCACAGCUCUGUGGCUUGCGGUUCAGUAUAUCACUGUAUCGUCUGAUCAAUCUGUAAACCCUUUUGAGGAUGCCCCUGUUGUAAAUGGAACUUCGUUCGAUGAGAACAGUUUUGCAGCAAGGCUGAUCCAACGAGGCAGCAAUACAGAUGCUCCAGACACAGUAACAGGGAACUGCUUGCUUCAGAGGGCAGCUGGUGCAGGAAAUGAGGCAGCUUCUCUCUUCCUAGCAACUCAUGGAGCGAAAGUCAACCACCAAAACAAAUGGGGAGAAACACCACUGCAUACUGCCUGUAGGCAUGGCCUAGCAAACCUGACAGCAGAACUUCUGCAACAAGGAGCCAAUCCAAACAUCCAGACUGCUGAAGCAGCGCAUGGUCAGAAGGAUGCGUCUUCUCCAACAGCAGAGAAUGUUUAUCUGCAAACUCCCCUUCACAUGGCUAUUGCUCACAAUCACCCAGAUGUGGUAUCAGUCAUCCUGGAACAAAAAGCUAAUGCUCUUCAUGCUACCAAUAACUUGCAAAUCAUUCCUGACUUUAGUCUAAAGGACUCGAGGGACCAGACUGUGCUGGGAUUGGCUCUUUGGACAGGCAUGCACACGAUAGCAGCUCAGCUGCUUGGAUCUGGGGCAUCCAUCAAUGACACGAUGUCAGACGGACAGACUCUACUACAUAUGGCAAUACAGAGACAAGAUAGUAAGAGUGCACUCUUCCUGCUGGAACAUCAGGCAGAUAUAAAUGUCAGAACACAGGAUGGAGAAACUGCAUUACAGCUAGCUAUAAAAAACCAGCUCCCUCUUGUGGUUGAUGCUAUUUGUACCAGGGGAGCAGAUAUGUCUGUGCCAGAUGAAAAAGGAAAUCCUCCUUUGUGGCUUGCCUUAGAAAAUAACCUGGAAGAUAUUGCGUCAACUCUGGUUAGACAUGGCUGUGAUUCCACCUGCUGGGGAUCAGGACCGAGUGGAUGCUUACAAACUCUUCUUCAUAGAGCUAUUGAUGAAAACAGUGAACAAAUAGCGUGCUUUCUUAUUCGCAGUGGCUGUGAUGUGAACAGUCCCAGAAAGCCAGGCCCUAAUGGAGAGGGAGAAGAAGAAGCUCAUGAUGGACAGACGCCCCUACACCUGGCAGCCUGCUGGGGUCUAGAAGAAGUGAUCCAGUGCCUUUUGGAGUUUGGUGCCAAUGUCAAUGCUCAGGAUGCAGAAGGAAGAACUCCAAUCCAUGUCGCCAUUAGCAAUCAACAUAAUGUUAUAAUUCAGCUUAUGAUUUCACAUCCAGAAAUUAAGCUAAAUGUGCGUGACAGACAAGGAAUGACUCCCUUUGCAUGUGCGAUGACGUAUAAAAAUAACAAGGCGGCUGAAGCAAUUUUGAAGAGGGAGCCAGGAGCUGCUGAACAGGUGGAUAACAAAGGCCGAAAUUUUCUGCACGUAGCUGUUCAGAACUCUGACAUUGAGAGUGUGCUGUUCCUGAUAAGUGUACACGCUAAUGUAAAUUCUCGCGUCCAGGAUGCAUCCAAACUCACACCUCUCCACCUGGCUGUACAAGCCGGCUCAGAGAUCAUUGUGCGUAAUUUGCUGCUUGCAGGUGCCCAGGUGAAUGAACUGACAAAGCAUCGUCAGACUGCUCUUCACUUAGCAGCUCAGCAAGAUUUGCCCACAAUUUGUUCAGUCCUUCUGGAGAAUGGAGUAGACUUUGCAGCUGUAGAUGAAAAUGGAAACAAUGCUCUUCAUCUGGCAGUGAUGCACGGCCGCCUAAACAAUAUCCGGGUCCUCCUCACAGAGUGCAAUGUAGAUGCUGAAGCCUUUAAUGUUAGAGGCCAAUCACCAAUGCAUAUUUUGGGACAAUACGGAAAAGAUAACGCAGCAGCUAUCUGUGACCUCUUCUUGGAGUGCAUGCCAGAAUACCCUCUAGACAAACCUGAUGCUGAAGGAAACACAGUGCUUCUCUUGGCUUAUAUGAAGGGAAAUGCUAACUUGUGCCGUGCAAUAGUGAGAGCUGGGGCUCGUCUUGGAGUUAACAAUAAUCAGGGAGUAAAUAUCUUCAACUACCAAGUUGCUACAAAACAGCUUCUUUUUAGAUUACUGGAUAUGCUGACAAAAGAACCUCCCUGGUGUGAUGGCUCCAACUGCUACGAAUGCACUGCCAAAUUUGGAGUCACAACAAGAAAGCAUCACUGCCGACACUGUGGACGCCUGCUCUGCCAUAAGUGCUCAACAAAGGAGAUUCCUAUCAUAAAAUUUGAUCUGAACAAGCCAGUUCGAGUUUGCAACAUCUGCUUUGAUGUCCUGACUCUGGGAGGAGUUUCCUAGUAUGCUGUGGAAGCAAAGGGAUUCCUGGUCAGUUCUCCUGACAGCAGCUGUGCUUACAAGCCCUCUGGAUAGGGAAGAGGAGGCCUAUACAUGUCUUCUGCAAUAGACUCAACUAAUUAAGGACCCUGUUAUGAUAUAUUCUGGUAUAAAUGACUUUGUAUGACUGUAAAUGUAUUGGGCUGUGAUAGACUUCACUAGGAAUUCGAGUGGAUUGUUGAAACCAAGUGACAAGAGAAUUUAGACCCUCUUCUAGUUGCAGUGGGGUAUGGAAGCUGAAAUGUAAGGCUGGUGUUUGAGUUGACAUAAAACAGGUCUGUCCUUGAUAUGGUGCUUUGCACUGAGCAACUCUAUUAAGUCCUGUUGCUUUCAGGCUGCUUAGUAGAGAUGGCAUUAAGUUUCAGGGUAACCAGGUAUCUUUCUUUGCUUUGUCUUAAAGAUUAACGUUCCCUUUCUCUAGAGAAGACUUCUUGUGAAGCUAGGCUGAGCUGUUACAACCACUGUUCAUUUCAAGAAACUUCAGAAAUGGGAGUUAGUUCUAAGCAUAGCUCAAGAAUUGUGGCCUUACAACAGAAAGCUUUACAACAUCUGAUGCAAAGCAGUCAGAAUUGCAGAUCCACGUCUUGAUACCUCCUCAUUAGUGUUAGCAUGUUCAAGAGAAGUGCAAGAUUGUUUAACCAGUAAAUACUCUUGCUCGUACCUGCUAGAGCUGUCAGAGCCUACUUUGUUGCACUUUCAUAUCUACCUUGCUAGUCCUUCCAAGUCAUAAAACUUGUGUGAAUGACCUUAAAUGUGCUGAAAGGCCUAAGCUUAUGCUAAAUGGAGAAACACUAAAACUGGUUGAGUAAUCUAACUCGCAAUACAGCAAUAAAUGCUGAAGUGCAUUAUGAAUCCCGUGAGGGAGAGUAGCACUUUCCUUUGGUUUAAAGACCCUGGUUAACUGCUGCAGAAGAGCCAAUAACCCUACCAGUGUAGAAUGUGCUGCACCUUUAAGCAUUAAAUUUGGGUUCAGUCUCAGCAGGGUUGCCAGCAAGUGGGAGCAUAUUUGGAGGUUUCCUAUUAACAUAAAGCCUCUGGCCUUGAAGGAAGAAUUCUGGAUUAAGUUGCAGUGUUUUAAUCGAAGCUGGUCAUGUUCUCUUAAACAUGCUGAAUCUGAAACUCCUACACCACAUUUUCUAGGUAAACAGGAAAUCACUUUGCUGAUAAACAGGGUUGUGGUUUGGUGGGCAAAGGCUUGUCAGAAGAAAAUGUGUGCUUAAGCAAAAGUACAUGGCAUGUUAAGGUUUUUUUUUUUCAUCCCAAGAGAUAAAUCUAGUUUAGACUCAACUUGUCAUUCCUCAUCUCUGUUCCAUGAACUGGUACGUUUACUUAUGGACUGGCACAUGAGGUGUGCAGUAUGGAAAAGAUGAUGACACAUUGCUCUGUUUGGAAUACAGACUUGUCAGUCUUAAGAGUAAGAUGAGAUGAUGAUAAACCAGACUGCUGCUUUUAUAGGAGACUUGCCUGAGGGUUUUUCUCAAACUUGUACAAAAAAUGAUGGGAAAGGGUAUAAACACUGUCAUUUGCACAAUGAAUUUCACAUCAACUUCAUUUGAUCCGCACUUCAAUCUUCCAAUAUGCAGAUAUUGUAACUGGAAUCUCACUCUUGUAACACUAGAAAAGACUAAUGGAUGAUGCAAUACAAAUUUGCCUCACUGUUUUAUGUCUGCUGCUGGCAUGUUCCAAUAGAACGCCCUGGGUAAUGCAACUGGUCUAUGUAACACAAAUCCUAAUAUAAAUGAUGCAUCUGUCAUUUUGUUGUCAACUGCAUUUUAGGCUGAGAUGAAUGAGAUGGUAAAUAAUGGUGUCUGAAGCAUUAAACUGCAAGCUAAAGCUUGUUUUUUUUUUUUUUUGAGUGGAAUAGAUUGUGGAAAAGAUUGUACUUCUAGUCCAUGUCUUUCCGUGUUUCAAAAUACCAUUGACUGCAAGUCUCUAGCAAUGAAAGAUAGUGAUGGAUAGAGUGUGGUAGGCCUCAGAAUUCUUGGCUAUAGCACAUCCCAUGAUAACACGUUAACUUCCUUCCUGGCUUGGAGCUGCGAUGCUGUGAAGUAGUAAGUGACUGAAAGACUGAACAUAGUGAUAGAGGAGCAUUCUUCCAGGGCUGCAGCUGAUGGACUUGAACUUAAUUGGAAAGCUGCACAAUGCGAAAUUGCUAAAGCACUUAAAUUUGACCUUUUCAGCGACUUCCUUGAUGGAAGGUUCAAGGGAACAGUGGCUCUAUUCCAACAGAUUAAAUAGCCUUUUAAAUGUUUUUAAAAAUGCAGAUCUUGUGAAGAUUCAGCUUAACUGAGUGUGUCUUGAAGGCUGGCUGGUUGAUCUUUUUAAAUGUAGAAUAUGAAAUAAGACUGCUUGAAACUUUGACGAGGAUCUGGGAAACUGUACUUAAUGCUCCAUUUGUCCUUUCCAGCCAAUAUUCUGCUAGCUUUAUCUUUCUUACCGAAGUCUGCAAGGAAAGUUACGGUUAUUGAUAAGCUAAUAGACAGCCUGAAGCAUUCAUCAAUUUCAAAGCAACUAAAUCCAGCAAAUCUGAUCAUUUUUAAAGUGCCUUUGUGAUAGUUUCCUUACAGCCAAUUCUCAAUAGCUUGCUUUCUGUCAUAGUUAAGGGGGAAAAGCCUCACAACUUGAACCAAAACCCCAUUUUAGUUUUCUUCUUCUAGUUCUAACCAGCUAAAGAGACUGACCCUGCCAAACAACCGGUGGGGUCAGUCCUUUAUGCAGUCUGCCAAGUAUUGGUCCGAAGCUCAGAUCUCUGAGAUUCUUUUUGGAGUUUUGCUGGCAAUGCUCCACUGCAGAGUACAGAUGUGAAUGGAGGCACUUGGUAAUUUAGUAGUGGUCAACACAUUUCUAGCUCCAUAAGCAAAUGCACUUCCUUUUUGUAGCAUACUGCAGUUGUGACCAAAAACCCCACCCCUCUUAUCCCCGCUGUCUUUAAGCGGUGUCUUAUAACUUGAGACUUGAGUCUGCCAAGCAUUGAACAAAAGGGUAUAAAGAAAACAAACUUUCUGUCCCUGGAAAGUGAUGCUGUCAAACCAGGCUUAAGGCACUUCAACAGGGCUAGAUGGAAAGUCUGUGGUAGUUCCUAAUGUAGCUUUUUGUUCCGAGUCUGGAUUCCUUUUGAUUGUAGUCAUCCAGCACUUUUAUACAAGCACAAAAUGUGGUCUGGCUUAAAUUUUAAUUUGUGUAUCUAUCUGAGGAAGGCGUAAUCACUGUUUCACACCACUAAGUGGAGUGAGAAUGUUAGUGUUAAAGGUACUAACAGAGCGUGGCGAGUUGCUUGCUAAAAGCUGACAGAUGCCUUAAUGACUUCCUGUGCUGGAGAUCAAUGGCUUGUACAACUUCUCACAUAGUGCUUAUAAAUUAACACCUAACAACAAGGGAGGCCAUGGCUGGAUUUUUUUUCUUGUAGAUCAAAUGUUAGUAGGCAACUCCUUUUUUUUUCCUUUAACCAGCAGAGUUGAAUACUGCAGCAAACUCCGUUCAAUCAAAGCAUGUAUAAGUGAUUAAAAAGUAACCGAACCUUCUAAUACCCUCUGUUGAAUAGAAAAGGAAGUCUUAGAACAAUGGCAUUUUAUCUGCAAUGUUUGUCUGGAGUCACUUGUAAAAAUGUAUUUUUCCAAUAUGCAUUACUUUGUUGUGUAAUGAUUCUACUUGUAAUAAAAUGCAUACUUAGAUAAUGCAUCAUGAGGUGGAAA